CCCUCCAAGGCCAGAAGGCUUAAAAGGACUUGCUGAGCAUUUAAAUAGACCAGAGAACACAGUCCACAGGUUAAAGUGGUUAAAACUACAAGACCAGAAAAUGGUAAGACAAACUCAACGAGAGAAGGUGAAGACUAGACCAAAACAUGCACUGUCUGCAGCUCUGCAUGUGAAGGAGUCUAGGACAAUUAACCAAGAAGCUAGGGAAGAACAGUUCCCUCUCAACACUGUAUGGUACAUCUGAUGUGUCCUCCCAACGAACAUCCAAGACAAAGAAGCCCACAACUAAGGACAUUGUGACCUCAGGUGGACACCCAGAGACUUGCAUCGAACUACUUCUCGUAGACGAACCGAGUGGUUUCAGAGACAGAGAAAGACAUCUAAGCGCUUGACGGCUAUUGGGGAGGUUGACACUGGCUCCGCCCCUUCGCCCAGGUUGGUCUUCCCUGGAGCAUGCCCAUAUCCCACCAUGCACCUGCUGGCGAGCGGCUGGCUACUGCGCCAUUCGGUGGUUAUGUGUCUGCUGCUGCACAGCAUGGUGCUGAUGACCUGCUUCCACCACGCCGCCACCAGCUGCUCCCAGGGCUGCUACUGCUCUGAGAGCGACGGCCGUGGAAAGACGGUGCGCUGCAGCAACCUACGUCUCACGGAGAUCCCCCAGGACCUACCCAAUGACACACGGCGCAUCUACCUGGACUUCAACCUGCUCACCGAGGUCCCCAGCAAUGCUUUCCAGGGUCUGCCCCUGCUCAGCGAGCUGGACCUCUCCAACAACGAGCUGGCCAAGCUGGAGCGAGGGGCCUUCAGGAGCCUGGGGCCCUCGCUCACCUUCCUGGACUUGUCUUCCAACAAAUUGGUCAACUUUAACCCUGAGGCCUUCGAGGGGCUGCGGGCGCGCGCCAACCUGACCAAUAACCCGUGGCACUGCGACUGCAGCCUGCAGAUGUCCAUGCCCCACAUUGACCUGGAGCCCCUCUCGCUGACGGGCAUCGUGUGCGAGACGUCGGAUCCGCCCGACGUGGGGGCGGAGGGUGUGCCCUUCCUGCUGGCCCAGGACCUGGACCUGUGUGUGGUGAUGAAGAAGACCACGGAUGUGGCCAUGCUGGUCACCAUGUUCGGUUGGUUCACCAUGGUCAUCUCCUACCUGGUCUACUACGUCCGGCACAACACGGAGGACGCCCGCCGUCACCUGGAGUACCUCAAGUCUCUGCCCACCAAGCCGGGCCCGUCCGAGGCCUCUUCUACCGUCAGCACUAUGGUAUAGCCCAGGACCAGGAGAACCCAGAGGGGAGUUUAGGCUGGAGGGCUAAGUCUGCCAGAGGAGGUGGUUAUUAUAGGGCUGUAACCUUGCUGCACCCUCACUUCAGGCCAUUCAGUGCCAGCCAAGGAGAGUUCUGUUUGACUUUUAGGUCACAGCGGCACUAGGAUUUGUGUCCAUAUAUUCAGGAAGCCCAUCCAGACCUGGACACCGUACGUAACCCAGAUUAAUAAUUGAACCAGGAGUGGUCCAUUAUCAAAAUGGGGCCUGUGAAGGGUCCUUUGGCCAUAUCAAACAGCAAACAGAACAACAGGAUAGCAACACACACUAUGAACAACUCUGUCACUCCAUAUCCUUCCAUGUACAAUUAUUGUUUUCCAUACAAUAUCCAUAUAGUAUACGCAGUCUAUAAACAGUGAAAUGUAGUUCUUUAAAAUAAAACAAUGUAUUCCAUGGGUUUCUUUUUUAAAUUA